AUAACUCUACUAAAUUGGAUGAAACGUCAACCUGAAUUCAAUACAAUAUUUUUUGUGCUAGAAACAUAAACAAAGGCCAAAAAAGGAAAAAAAAAUAAUAAUGUGGAAAUUAUAGAAAAAAAAUUGAAAAUGUUUUCGGUGCCUGUAUGGAUUUCGCAUUGUGCGUGUGUUAAAGCUGCGUAAAAUUAUCAAAAACAAAUCAUUACAACCAUCGAAUCAGGAAAAUCUUUGUUCAGAGUUUUGUUUUGUACAUUGUUUGUCACCGAUUGGACAUGUUAAAAGUUAAGCAAUUUGUGCGAGAAAAUACAGCACCGCACAAAAUGGUACAGGAAUUAUCUGGUGUUACGUAUAUUUUGAUCAUUGGUGGUGGAGCAUUGAUGUUUGUGUUGCUAUUCAUCUUUGCCAAACGGCAAAUUAUGCGAUUUGCAAUUCGAUCACGGCGCGGACCACACGUUCCAGUCGGCCAUGAUGCGACCAAAUCAAUUAAAAAAGAAAUCGAACGUCGUCUUGAUUGUAUUCAACGGAUUGCAUAUGAGCCACAGCUACUAGACGAUGACACAUCGUACAUUUUACAACCCGAUUCAUCGCUGCCACCGUACUAUUAUCGCUUGAAAGCGGUUGAUGACAUCAAAAUUCUGGAGAAAGAGAUUGCUAGGCAGGACGGCAGCGUGCGACAACCACGCGACAGUCUCAGAGCAUUUCUGUUAACAGCAUUGGCCGCACCCAUAGGAUCCAGUCAACGGCUUAUUCAUCAGUUUUGUGAUAUGUACGAGCAUGCACGCCAUGACCCUAGCGAGUUUAGCAAUGAAGAAUACGAAGCGUAUCGACGAUUACUGCUGAAAUUAUUGGAUGCAGCAAAAUCAUUGAAAACAUUUUCGAGUAGCCGAAAAUCAUCACCAAGCCGUACACCGGUAAAGAAACAAACCAAAGUACAAUCAUUACUCGAUCCAUCACGUCUCAAACCACCACCAACACAAAUCGGCAGCGGCGGAAAUAUGCUUAGCUCUAAUUCACGCAUCAAUUAUGGUCUUGGAAUUCAAAAUCAACGCGAUUCACUCACAACCACUGGCCAAUCCAGCGAUCAAGAACAAUCACCUCCGCAAAGCAUUACGCUACACUUAGACGCAAACGAAAUUAUUACCGUUUCGCCAGAUUCUAGUGUCAUUUGAUAAAUAGAUGUAUCAUAACGAAUCGACUAUUAUUCCUACUACUAAUAUUACACUGAUAUUCCCUCGGAAACUUUCGAUGUGCACUAUUUUUUCUGCUUUCAAACAAAUAAAUGUGUACGGUCCGUAGUACAGCGAACAAUGUUCUAAUGUAACUGAAAAUUCCAAAUAUAUCACAAUGUAUGAAUAUA